CAAGUCAUCCCUGUCUCUCAAAGGUUUAACUCCUGUUUGUCCCCGUGUGCAUGUGCGGUUGGGUAAAGGCUGCUGCCAUGAAACUGGCUGAAAAGGGUGAAGCUGAGAAUAGGAGGGAAAAGAAGAAGGAGCAACCCUGGGUGAAGAGGCCAUAGUGCAGUACUCAAACUUCGACAGGACGUUUGACUGCAUUGCCCAAAAUGUUUGGGAAGAAAAAGAAAAAGCUGGACAUUUCAGGGCCUUCAAAUUUUGAACACAGGGUUCACACUGGAUUUGACCAUAAAGAGCAGAAGUUUAUAGGCCUUCCUCAGCAGUGGCAGAGUUUGCUGGCAGACACCGCCAACAGGCCUAAGCCUAUGGUAGAUCCAUCAUGUAUAACACCAAUACAGCUUGCUCCCAUGAAGACUAUAGUGAGAGGCAGUAAACCACCGCAAGAUGCGUACAUCAAUGGCCUGCUGGAAGACUUUGAUAAUAUCUCAGUGACAAGAUCCAAUUCCCUUCGCAAAGAAAGCCCGCCAACUCCCCGUCUGGGACAUUCCAACCACUUGAAAGGAUACCCAGAAGAAAAUGGCUUCUUUGCCUUCUCCCAGUAUAGCUGUGAACCUGAAGUGCAAAGAAGUAAUAUUUCUGAACGAUACAAGGAAAGAAGCCUUAGCGCGGAGGAGGCAGAGGUUUAUUAUAGAGCAAAUAAACCCGUGAGGCACAAUGGCCAUCCAGUUAAAAUGAGAUCCUAUGAAACCUAUUUCCCUGAAGUAAAAUCCGUUAGGGCAGAUUUGUCAAGUUACCCAUCGGAAUAUCAUCCCCAGCUGGAAACAAAAAGUAAAUCCGUUGAUCAGUAUGAUUACCACAGUAUUGCUGGUACAUCACUUCAGGACUACAGGGAUUAUUUUCCGCCAUCUAUUACAGGGACAAUAAUGCUAAGUGAGGGCUCGAGAGAAAGACUUGAGUACAGUGAAUGGGGCGAAGGGCUACCCAAGGAUGAUUAUGACAAGAGGCCAAAGUCAUCGUACAUCACCCAAACAAGUCCUCAACCAGCCAUGAGACAAAGGUCAAGGUCAGGGUCUGGCCUUCAAGAACCAAUCAUACCAUAUGGUGCAGGGGUUAUGAAAACUAACCAGCAAGGCCAUCCGUUCAGUUCUUAUACCUACCCACGCUUGUCAGAAACCGGAGGGUGUAUUCCAAAGGUAAUACAAAUGCACAGGUUUUCUUACUGUAUUGCUUUGGGAAAUAAUAUUGAAAUUAAUUAUUAGAACAUACAAAAUGGAUACCUAUACCUGUAAACCUGCAAUGUCCAACAUUAGACAUUUUUGAUCCAGCCACCUACCAACAGCCAGGGGUCACAGGUUACCCACCUAUAUUCUAAAACCUGGCAGCUUUGGAUACCUUCCAUAAAAAUCCCACUAUGUUGUACAGUUAGUUUAAUAAAAAAAAGCAGU